AUGGUUUCUACAGUCACCAACUUUCCCGCCGACACGGUGCCCCAGGCGCCGGAGGAUCCUCUCUUUGGCCUCAUGCGUGUUUUCAAGGCCGACACCGACCCCAACAAGAUUGAUCUGGGAAUUGGUGCCUACCGUGAUGAUAACGCAAAGCCCUGGGUUCUCCCCGUCGUGAAAAAAGCCGACGAGAUACUCCGAAACAACCCCGAACUCGACCACGAGUAUGCUCCCAUCGCUGGCCUAGCUCACUUCACCUCCAAGGCUGCUGAGCUUAUGCUUGGUGCCGACUCCCCAGCCAUCAAAGAGUCCCGCGUCGCCUCGCUGCAGACCGUUUCGGGUACCGGCGCCCUGCAUCUCGGUGCCGGUUUCCUCGCCAGGUUCUUCAAGGGCAACCGCACAGUCUACGUGUCGGACCCCACUUGGGCCAAUCACCACCAGAUUUUCAACAAUGUCGGCCUCGACGUCAUCCAAUACCCUUACUUUGACAAGAAGACCAAGGGUCUGGACUUUGCCGGCAUGAAGGGAGCCAUCCAGGACGCCCCCGAUGGCUCCAUCAUUGUCCUCCAUGCCUGCGCUCACAACCCCACCGGCGUGGACCCGACAGCGGACCAGUGGGCUGAGAUUGCUCAGCUGGUGCGUCAGAAGAAGCACCUACCCUUCUUCGAUUCGGCCUACCAAGGCUUCGCCUCGGGGAACCUCGCAGUUGAUGCUGGUGCCGUCCGCCUCUUUGUCGAGCUGGGCCUCGAGCUCUUCAUUGCCGAGAGCUUUGCCAAGAAUUUUGGCCUUUACGGUGAGCGCGCCGGCUGCUUCCACUUUGUCGGUGCUCCCGGUACCGACGCCGCCAGCAGUGCUCGCGUCGCUUCGCAGCUCGCCAUCCUCCAGCGUUCCGAGAUCUCGAAUCCGCCCAUCUAUGGUGCUCGCAUCGCAGGCAUUGUCCUCAACGACCCGGCCCUCUUUGCCGAGUGGGAGAAGAACCUCGAGGAGAUGUCUGGCCGCAUCAUUAGCAUGCGCAAGCAGCUGCGGGCCAAACUCGAAGAGCAGGGUACCCCUGGCACCUGGAACCACAUUACCGACCAGAUUGGCAUGUUUAGCUUCACCGGCCUCAGCGAGGAGCAGGUGAUGCGUCUACGCAAGGAGUCGCAUGUGUACAUGACCAAGAAUGGCCGCAUCAGCAUGGCUGGCUUGAACACCAAGAACUUGGACCGCUUCGCCAAGGCUGUCCACCACGUGUUGACGACGACUUCGAGCUAG